GUAAAUCUCUUUUUCUCUAAAGACUUCCAACGGAGCUUUUAGUUCAAACAUUCACUACCGGUGAGACAUAACCUCAAAUCUUAGGAAUACUUGCAUGGUAUUUACACAAUUCUCUGCAGUCAAACAUGUUUUCCUUGCAUUUUCGGUGAAAAGCAUAAUUUUCCCAAUAUGAGUAGUUCAGGAUUGUUUUUCACAUCUCUCAUUAGCGGAGGUGUUGCUGGAACGGUUGUGGAUGUUGUCCUCUUCCCUGUGGACACCAUAAAAACCCGCCUGCAGAGUGAGAAGGGCUUCUGGAAGUCUGGUGGCCUUUCUAAAAUAUACAAAGGCUUCCUACCCGCUGCCGCUGGAAGUGCUCCUUGUGCAGCGCUCUUUUUCUGCACUUAUGAAACCUCCAAAUCCAUUCUGGGUUCACAGGACUUCCUGAAACUCCACACGCCAGUCGUACAUAUGAUUUCAGCCAGUUUGGGAGAAGUGGCAGCAUGUCUUAUCCGUGUUCCUGUGGAAAUAGCCAAGCAGCGAAGGCAGGACUUGACGCAGGGAAACAGAUCUGCCAUCAAUAUUCUUAGACACGCUCUCAAAAAUGAGGGUUUUGUCAAGGGACUCUAUCGAGGCUUCGGGACGACACUAUCCAGAGAAAUUCCCUUCUCUCUUAUCCAAUUUCCACUCUGGGAAUAUUUCAAAGCCACCUGGAGUCAAUCCACUGGUGAAUCUCUGGCCAGUUCUCAAGUGGCCCUUUGUGGAGCCCUCGCAGGAGCGAUUGCCGGUGGAAUUACCACUCCCUUUGACGUAGCCAAGACAAGAAUAAUGCUUGCUGCGCAAGGAGAGGCCCAGAAAACCAGCAUCAUGGGGGUUCUAAGGAAGAUUUACACUCGAGAAGGCAUUUCCGGGCUCUUUGCCGGUUUUGUUCCGCGUGUCAUGUGGAUCUCAAUUGGUGGAACAAUCUUCUUUGGGGUCUAUGACUUUGUCACCAGCUCAAUAUCUGCCUCCCGAAUCUUCUCAGACGACUCCUGAGCCACAGAUCAAAUCUUAAUGGAUAACAGUAUAGAUUUUAUAGAUGUGAAUUUUAGAGUACGGUCACUACGUCCCAAAGGCGGCAUUCACGGUUGACGAGCAUGGCGAACUCCUGAACUACUUUCCACUUCAUCCAGCCACGAUGAACAGAUUCAGGCGAUCCGCUCAGGUGUCAUCAUCAUCAGCCUCAGCGUCGUCUAGUUCCUCAACAGGACACAAUCCCAUCUACUUUGCGAAUCCCUAUGGAGGCACAGGAUUCCAGCCUGGCUUUGGCGCUCCCUUUGGCCAUCAGCAAUCUUUUGCUCCAGCCCCAGGGAAUGUCUACUCGGGCGUCUCGAGUAGCUCUAGCGUCAACACGCCACCCAGUGGCCUUCACUCACGUUUCGGUGAGGAAGAACCGGUGAGAAUUCAGGGCUCCACGUCCAGCAUCACCAGCCAAAAUGGACAGUUUACGCACACGCAGUCGCACUUGGGCGAAGAUGGAAAAGUGCACUUCACGAUCUCGUCAGGAAAAUUCUAGGAACAGUCACCUGAUUUUUAUAUUCUUUAUUUAAAUAAUUGCUGUACUAAUGCAUUUCAUCUGCACGUGGAUAAA